AAACCCCCGAAAAUUCAAGGAUUGCCGAUACCCCCAAAACCGCAACGACGAUAAAAGCAGUGGCAAAGAAGAGCAAAGAAGAUGCGACACCCCGCCGCUCCGACAAUUAUUGCCGUCUUACUCGGCUUCCUGGGAUUACUGUGGCUGUGGGGCACGUUGCGAGAUGACGGCCACCAUGAGGGGAACCCGCAUCCGGAUGAUGUGCCGAAGAAGGAGGAUGUGCGCAGGGUGUAUGGCGCCGGCGGGGGGGAGAAUGAGGACGAUGCGAAGCGUGAAGAGUCGGCGCAGUGAGGUGCAAGGCGCCUGGAGUUUUCUUCGACGCC